UUUUCUUAUUCUACCUGGAUCACCAUAGAUAGAUGAUGCCCUUUUCUGUUACUCUCUCAGCUUGUCCGACCUGACUUCAGAUUCUCUUUACCACUUCCUUCAAAAGAUUUUUUAGUAUAGAAUCUUGACUUUAUCCUUGCCUCUGGGGUUGCUGUCAAGAAUUUCCAUCUGGGCUUUGCCUUUCUUGUUAGAUAACUGAUGCUUGCUUUUCUUCAUUGAUAAAGGGUUAUUUCCUAAUUAGAGCUUUUUUCAGGUUGCCCUGCAGUUUUUGUUUGUUGAGGAAAUAAGAUAGGAUGGAUGAUAGAGAGGUAGAGCUAUCACACCCUGUCUUGGUUCCUAAUUCUGAUUCAUCUAGCAGUGUUCAAGCAUCAAUCUCUGUGGAUUCAUUUCUUGAUGAGUUGUUAAGAAAUGCCCAAACAUGUACUCACACACAUACUUGCAACCCUCCUGGCCCUGAUGCUGCACAUACUCACACAUGUUACCAUACUCAUACCCAAGUCAUUCCAUCUGAAAGAGUAGAAAAUCCUAGUGAGAAAGUAGAUGGUCCUUGUGAUAGUAGAAAGUCAACAUCAAAGACUAGGAGGUCUUCUGGAAAUAGAGAAGCUGUUAGGAAAUAUAGGGAGAAGAAAAAGGCACAAACAGCUUACUUGGAAGAGGAAGCUAAGAAACUGAGACUGGUAAACCAGCAGUUGAUUAGGAAAGUGCAAAGGCAAGCUAUUCUUGAAGCAGAAAUCUUGAGGCUUAGAAGCCUUUUGCUCGAUGUUAGAGGGAAGAUUGAUACCGAAUUGGGGGCUUAUCCCUUACAAAAGCAGUGUACUUCAAGCACUAAAGUUAAAGAAGGGGAUUCUGGGAUGCAAUUUUCUGGUCUGGCAAUGGAGCUUCAGUGUGAGAAUGAUUUAACUUGCUUCCAUCCUCACGGGGAUUCAUCCAUAGAGGAUGGUGGUUUUGGUGGAUGUGAUAAAAUGGGAGCUUCAUCUUGGGAAGGAAACUGCCAGUCUGCAACUGUUGCUUGUAAAGCUAAUGGACCUGCAGAAAGAAAUGGUAUGGACUCCGUGGAAACAAGGCUUUCAUCUGCAUCUCAAGCAGAGUAAUCAAGAGCCAAGGCAAGAUCUCAAUUAUGACCUUCCCGAUUGUCAAGUCUUAUAGAACUUCUGCUUCAGUUAAAUUUAUGGCAGAACUAUGCUUGGUUGGCUGGGGUAAUACACAUCUGAAGUACUGAAUAUUCUGAGAAUAUAGUCAUAAAUCAGGUUAACACUCUGUUCUAUAGAGAAGUAUGAACCUGUAGAUAUUUUUGUACUCGAAAGGGAAAAAAAAAUGUCGUCUAUAGUAUAUGGUAUCCUCCACGUAUGAGAGCACUGAUUGAUGUACAUAAAUAUCUAUUUCAGUAGUGCGGUUUUCAACAUUUUGGUGGUUGUAUAAUAGCACCCCUGAGUAGCUCUCUAUGUGGUGGGAUUUCUGGUAGAUACCAGAAUACUUAAUGGAUGUUAUCUUUUCUCUACGUUGGUGUAAUUGUGAUUUGAUUGUAUUAUGCAAAGAUUCUUUGAUUAGGCAUUUAGACACCGAUUGAAAUA